CUCGCGAUGUCCGAGGCCGCCUCCGGCUCCGGGGGCACGUCCCUGGAGGGCGAGCGUGGCAAGAGGCCCCCGCCGGAGGGCGAGCCUGCGGCCCCGGCGUCCGGAGUUCUGGAUAAGCUUUUCGGGAAGCGGCUCCUGCAGGCGGGUCGCUACCUGGUGUCCCACAAGGCAUGGAUGAAGACGGUGCCUACAGAGAACUGCGACGUGCUGAUGACCUUCCCAGACACAACCGAUGACCACACGCUGCUAUGGCUGCUGAACCACAUCCGCGUGGGCAUCCCCGAGCUCAUCGUGCAAGUCCGCCACCACCGCCACACGCGAGCCUACGCCUUCUUCGUCACCGCCACGUACGAGAGCCUGCUCCGAGGAGCCGACGAGCUGGGCCUGCGCAAGGCCGUCAAGGCCGAGUUCGGCGGGGGCACCCGCGGCUUCUCCUGCGACGAGGACUUCAUCUACGAGAACGUGGAGAGCGAGCUGCGCUUCUUCACCUCCCAGGAACGUCAGAGCAUCAUCCGUUUCUGGCUGCAGAACCUGCGUGCCAAGCAGGGUGAGGCGCUUCACAACGUGCGCUUCCUGGAAGACCAGCCAAUCAUCCCCGAGCUGGUGGCCCGUGGGAUCAUCCAGCAGGUGUUCCCGGUCCAUGAGCAGCGUAUUCUGAACCGCCUCAUGAAGUCAUGGGUGCAGGCCGUGUGCGAAAACCAGCCUCUAGAUGACAUCUGCGACUACUUUGGUGUGAAGAUUGCCAUGUACUUCGCCUGGCUGGGCUUCUACACGUCGGCGAUGGUGUACCCAGCUGUCUUUGGCUCGGUCCUGUACACGUUCACGGAAGCCGAUCAGACAAGCCGGGACGUGUCCUGCGUGGUCUUCGCUCUCUUCAAUGUGAUCUGGUCAACGCUGUUCUUAGAGGAAUGGAAGCGGAGGGGUGCCGAGCUAGCCUACAAGUGGGGGACACUGGACUCACCCGGGGAAGCCGUGGAGGAGCCACGCCCCCAGUUCAGGGGGGUACGACGCAUCAGCCCUGUGACGAGAGCUGAGGAGUUCUACUACCCGCCCUGGAAGCGGCUGCUCUUCCAGCUGCUCGUCAGCCUCCCGCUGUGCCUGGCAAGCCUCGUUUGUGUCUUCCUGCUCAUGCUCGGCUGCUUCCAGCUGCAGGAGCUGGUGCUCAGCGUCAAGGGGCUGCCCCGCCUGGCCCGCUUCCUGCCCAAGGUGGCGCUGGCCCUGCUCGUCAGCGUGAGUGCCGAGGGCUACAAGAAGCUCGCUGUCUGGCUCAACGACAUGGAGAACUACAGGCUGGAGAGCGCCUAUGAAAAACACCUCAUCAUCAAGGUUGUGCUGUUCCAGUUCGUCAACUCCUACCUGAGCCUCUUCUACAUCGGCUUCUACCUCAAGGACAUGGAGCGCCUGAAAGAGAUGCUGGCCACGCUACUGAUCACCCGUCAGUUCCUCCAGAACGUGCGAGAGGUCCUGCAGCCGCACCUGUACCGGCGGCUGAGCCGCGGCGAGCUGGGCGUGCGCGCCGUCUGGGAGCUGGCCCGCGCCCUGCUCGGCCUGCUAAGCCCGCGGCGCCCCGCGCCCCGCCGCCUAGAGCCCCAGGCUGAGGAGCGUGGUGGCAGCGGCGCUGGGGGGCGCCGCAGGUGUCUCAGCGGGGGCUGCGGGGCACCCGAGGAGGAGGAGGAGGCAGCCACGGUGGAGAGGCGGCCAGCAGGGGAAGGCGGGGAGGUGGGGGAUGGGCCUCCGCGCAAAGAGGAGGAAGAGGAGGAGGAGGAAGAAGAAGACGAUGAGGAAGAGGAGGAGGAGGAAGAGGAGGGCGAGGAAGGUGGCCUCCUAGACUGCGGGCUCCGGCUGAAGAAGGUCAGCUUCGCCGAGCGGGGUGCCGGGCUGCGCCGGCCUGGCCCAAGCCCGGAGGCCCUCUUGGAGGAGGGUAGCCCUACCAUGGUGGAGAAGGGGCUGGAGCCCGGUGUGUUCACGCUGGCUGAGGAAGAUGACGAGGCGGAGGGGGCUCCCAGCAGCCCUGAGAGGGAGCCCCCAGCCAUCCUACUUCGCCGGGCAGGGGGUGAGGGCCGAGACCAAGGACCCGACGGUGGCCCGGACCCGGACCCCAGCUCCAGCGGCGACUCCACCCGGAGGCAGAGGCGGCAGAACCGGUCGUCUUGGAUUGACCCUCCUGAGGAGGAACACUCGCCCCAGCUCACCCAGGCAGAGCUGGAGAGCUGUAUGAAGAAGUAUGAGGACACGUUCCAGGACUAUCAGGAGAUGUUCGUGCAGUUCGGCUACGUUGUGCUCUUCUCAUCUGCCUUCCCCCUGGCCGCGCUGUGCGCCCUGGUCAACAACCUCAUUGAGAUUCGCAGUGACGCCUUCAAGCUGUGCACGGGGCUACAGCGGCCCUUCGGCCAGCGCGUGGAGAGCAUCGGCCAGUGGCAGAAGGUGAUGGAGGCCAUGGGCGUCCUGGCGAUCGUGGUCAACUGCUACCUAAUCGGCCAGUGUGGACAGCUGCAGCGCCUCUUCCCCUGGCUGAGCCCAGAGGCAGCCAUCGUGUCCGUGGUGGUGCUCGAGCAUCUUGCUCUGCUCCUCAAGUACCUCAUCCACGUGGCCAUCCCUGACAUCCCAGGCUGGGUGGCUGAGGAGAUGGCCAAGCUGGAAUACCAGCGCCGCGAGGCCUUCAAGAGACACGAGCGCCAGGCCCAGCACCGCUACCAGCAGCAGCAGCGGCGGCGACGGGAGGAAGAGGAGCGCCAGCGCCACGCAGAACACCACGCCCGGCGAGAACGCGACGCCGGCGCCAGCGGCCGGGAGGAGGCGAGGGCUGAGGGCUCCGGGCUGGACGCCGCUGCCUCCGAGAAGGCCUCUGCCAAGGCCAAGGGCGGCGGGGCCGGCGGCCACGGGCCCGAGAGGCCCAAGCGCCCCGGAUCCCUGCUGGCGCCCAACAACGUCAUGAAGCUGAAGCAGAUCAUCCCGCUCCAGGGGAAGUUUCUGUCUUCAGGGGCCGCGUCCUCGCUGGCUGCUGCAGGCUCCAGCGCCUCUGCGCGGCCGCCUCCCGCGCAGUCGCCCACCGGCAGCGACACCCGCCUGCCGGCCUUCCUCAGCUUCAAGUUCCUCAAGUCUCCCGAGACCCGGCGGGACUCCGACCGCAGCCACUCGCCACCCAAGGCCUUCCACGCCGGCAAGCUCUUCCCCUUUGGCGGGGCUCGGGCUGAGGCCGGGUCCAACGGGGCGGGCGGGCAGGCCCGGCCAGACGGGACCCCCAGCAGUGGUGGCAGCCGGGCCCAGAGGAGUGGGCCAGUGGACGAGGCCGCGGCUGAGGAGCUGGAAGCCCCCCGGCCUGAAGAAGAAGGCUCAGGGACAGCACUGGCCCCCGUGGGCGCCCCUGCCCUCCGCACCCGUCGCAGCUGGAGCCCCUCACCGCCACCGCCAAUGCCGCUGCCCCGGCCCCCGACACUGCCUGCCGGCUGCUGGCAAUGGGAUGGGCCAUGGGGCUGCGGGGGCGAGGGCACUGCCCUCCGCCAGGCCCCAGCCACUGAGUGCCCGCCCUGUGCCCUGGUCGGGCCCCCGCCUGCCCUUCAGCCCCUGCCAGGGGACACCAGCUUCUACAGCCUCCUGCCCCCGCCACUGCCGGCCACCUCGGAAACCCCCGAGGCCCCGGCACCCAGCCCCAGCCCCAGCCCCAGCCCCCAGGCUGCGUGCUGGCCCAGUGGCUGGCAUUAG